CAGAUGGCGGUGUGUGUGGAGGUUCGCGAUUCCCAUCUGCCUUGGCGCUCGGGCGGAAGAAGGCGCAGAGCGACACUCUUGCCCGCAGCCUGCUACUCUUCGGUUCCGUCUGACGUUGGACAACAAAGAUGGCGGCUGGGACGAGCAAUUACUGGGAAGAUCUUAGGAAACAGGCCCGACAGUUGGAAAAUGAACUUGAUCUGAAACUGGUUUCCUUCAGUAAACUAUGUACGAGUUACAGUCACGGCAGCGCCAGAGAUGGAAGACGCGACAGGUAUAGUUCGGACACGACACCCCUUUUAAAUGGGUCGAGCCAGGACAGAAUGUUUGAGACAAUGGCAAUUGAGAUUGAACAGCUUUUGGCAAGGCUUACUGGGAUAAAUGACAAAAUGGCAGAAUAUACUAACAGUGCAGGUGUCCCAUCCUUGAAUGCAGCAUUGAUGCAUACAUUACAGCGACACAGAGACAUAUUGCAGGAUUAUACACAUGAGUUUCAUAAAACCAAAGCAAACUUUGUGGCAAUACGAGAAAGGGAAAAUCUCAUGGGAUCAGUACGAAAAGAUAUUGAGUCAUAUAAAAGUGGGUCAGGAGUAAACAACAGGAGAACUGAACUAUUUUUGAAAGAACAUGACCACCUUCGAAACUCAGAUCGUCUGAUAGAAGAAACAAUAAGCAUUGCUAUGGCUACAAAAGAAAAUAUGACUUCACAGAGAGGAAUGUUGAAGUCUAUUCACAGCAAAAUGAACACUUUGGCCAAUCGUUUUCCAGCUGUGAACAGCCUAAUCCAGAGGAUCAACCUCAGGAAGCGGCGAGACUCCCUCAUCCUAGGUGGUAUAAUUGGUAUCUGUACCAUCCUAUUGCUGCUGUAUGCUUUCCACUGACAGGAUCCCUCCAAGAACUCUUGACAACCACCACUUUCACACCUGAUCUGGUAUAAGGAAAAGAAGAAAGGAGAGUUUGCCUGCCCUGAAAAUUAGCCUGACCAGCCAGGUGAAUUCAAAACUGAUAGUGAUGGCUCAGUGACAUGGAUUGCGCUGAAGCCAGUUUUUCUGUGCUAUUUUUUUAUAACACACAUUUUCCUGGUUUUAGUUUAAAAACAAAAAUAGGUUUCAGUUGCUUUUGUCUCCUUAGGAGGUAAGUAAAGCAAUCAAAAACAAGAGUUUCUGUGCUUCCGUGGUAGUGUUGAAGCCUGAUAACAAGCCAAGUCAGAGAGCUGGACUCUUCGAUACCAGGUUUCUCUAUACUAUCCAAAGACACUUUUUCUGUCAGCCACUGGGUUGGGUUGUGAAUAAAAAUAAUUCCUGUCCUUUUAUUUAACACCCAUGAUGAAAAAUCAUAGGUUCGGUCUUGACAACCUUGAUAGGUUUCUACUUGAUAUUCCCAACUCUUUUGGUAGUCAAGGAAAAUUACAUUUUUCACAUUCUUUAGACCAUCUUCAAUGUUUAAGUUGUCUACAACAGAGAAAAAGACUGCAAAAAGACUUUUGUCUUUUUCUUUUCUUUUUUUAAAAUUACAAGUGCACUGGGGUUAACUUGCUGGAAAGAUGUCAAGGACAGGCCCUUUUUUUUUUUUUUUAAAGGAAUCAGCCAUUUGCUUUUUUUAAAUCCCAUUGAAUUAAUAUUUGCUACUAUAGGAUGAUGAAAUCUAAGUUCUAACAUGACCGAAAAAACAAAAAACUAAUGGCCAGCAUUUGUCAGUACACCUCAUCAUGUCAGGAUUAGCCCUAGUUACUAUUGGUGACUGUUCAGUUUUCAGUGAGAUUGUAUUCAACAAGUCACAUGGAAAAGGACAUGGAGGAGUCCACUGUCCAGCUAAUUCCAUUUGUAAAUGCUCCAUUACUUUGAAGCAAAAAAAUUAAGAACCAUUGUUUGAUGAUCUGUGUUCUGUGAAAAUGUAUUCCAAAUCUGGUAAGGUUUUCCAAACAUCUGGAGGAUGGUUUCACUGUUGAAGGUGCCUAUGACAAUCUGUCUGUGUGCCCUUGUCUGCUGUUACCAUCCCUGGAUAGUGACAAAAUUUUAAACUACCAUCCCAUAACUUUUUUUAAGUUUAAACAUUACUAAAAAUUCAUUGCUUGUAUUACUGAAAUACCAGAUACUUAAUUUACACUCCUCCCCAAAGAAAAAGCUGCUAUUCCCCAUUGGUGUUGAAGAUACUUAAGGACUGGCCUUCGACUGCCACCGGGAAUGGGUACACUCUUCACUGCAGCGUGAUGUGGAGAUGCACCUGAUACGGUGCAUGAUGGGUAGACUUAACAUGAGUGUGAGAGAUUUGUCAUUCUAGUGUCGGAGUUUUAUUACAUUCUGAGUGUAAGGGACAUUUGAUAUAUUUUUCUUAACUAUGGGAUUUAUUUUUCUAAAUGAAAUCCCCUGAAAAGAAAGUUUUAAGUUUGGGCUGGGGAUUCAGCUCAGCAGCACAAGCGCCUGCCUGGCAAGUGCGAGGCCUUGAGUUUAAUCCCUAGUACCAAAAAUAAGUAAAGAAAGUUAAGUUUUCCCAGUGAACCUUAAAGGAUCAAGGAAGUAAGUUCAGUUACUGAGUUUUCUUCUGAGAGAACAAAACUUCUCUCCCCUGAUACUAUUAUCUUUGAUUUUCAAAGGCCUUUGAUUGGUGUAACUCAGCUAGAAUUUGUGGGAGUUUGGUUGCUAUAUAGUUGGCAUUUAUAAAAUCUGAAGUUAUCAUAAAUAAAAUUAUUUAUUUAAUUAUAUUACCAGUCUUUUUUACUGGUCUGAUUACUUGGUUUGUUCAUUAAAGCUACUAUUGUGAGAGUAAUCUAGCUUGCUACAGCCAGGCAAAGAAACAGUGGCUGCUAACCCUCUCCAGGAGGGCUGUGCUCAUGUGAAAUAACAGAAUCAUGUUGGUUAUUUUCUUUAUGAAAAUAAAGAAACAAGUUCUUCCAAGGAAGUUGGAAAGGCUUGGUGUAAAUGUUGGUGUCAGAUACGUCUGAAUAACCUCUACUCUUACCAUAGUGAAGUGUCUCUCUCACCCCAGAGCCGGAGAGUAGGAGGUAAUUAAGAGAAUGUGCUUCCCAUCCCCUUGCAGAAAGGAAAUGGAGAUAAGCCCUUUAAUGGAAGGAGCUUCAUGAGGAUCCUGUGACUAUUGAGUUUCAGUUUUAUGCCAUUUAACUUUUUGAAAAUCAUCUUGGUUUUUCUCCCCUUUUCACUGUCUUUCUUACAGACCAGUUGCUAGGCUCAAGAUCUCCAAAAGUUAAUUACUUGUGUUUUGUUUUUGUUUUUUUUUUGGUACCAGGAAUUGAACUCAUGACCUUGCGCUUGCCAGGCAGCGCUUAUGCCAGUGAGCUAAAUCCCUGGCAGUUAGUCACUUGUUAAAGCCAGUCAGAGCCAGAAAUUUUGAGGCUUAGCCCAGAGGUCAGAGGAAUUUCCCAUUUCUGGUCCCAGUGAAAUGUUGGUACCUUUAGCCAUUGUCUUAUAUAACAAAUCUUUCCUUUUUGAGUCUCUUUAGAAACUAUUCAGAACUCUCCAUUUCACAAAACAAAUAUGAAUACAUCAUUCAAACAGUUUUGUUUUGUUUUUGUUUUUGAGAUGGCAUCUGUCUAAGUUACCCAGGCUGGCCUCAAAUAUCUUUCUGCUUCAGCCUUUCCGGUAGCUGGGAUAACCAGUUGUACCACUGUGCCUGGCUCUGAAUGGUAUGUUUCUAAGAUUGUGUUCUAAUGUGUCCUGAUGACCUUAGUAAAAGUGUUCAUUACCCAAGUUCAAGCCCAGGUAUCGAAGAGCUGUAGGUGACCCUUCCUGGCAGUCUCCACGUUCUUUUAUUAUUACAGUACUAUUAAUAGUGCUGAGGACACCCUGUAACCUGCAUUGUCCCCCUUGUUUUUCUGAUGUUAAAAAGGACUUUCUCUACUGUUCCUGUGUCCUUUGUAUAAGAUUUAUCUUUAUACAAAAUGUUUUUUUUUUUUCCAUACUACCUGAUAUUCCAAUUAGGUACAGGAGUAAACCUGUAAGAAAGGAGAUGUGUGAUGAAAGGAGACCCCUUCAGGGCACUUUCUGUGGAACCAAAUAAUAUUUCCUUUAGCUCUGUCAUAUUGGAUAUGAAUACGUCUGACUAGAAAAAGGUACUUACCAGGCCUUUUGAUGAAGUGAUUGGGAUCUCCAUGGAAUUUAUUUGCAUUCCCACUGUUUUCUCUUUCACUGUUAUGACCUUAACCUGAUGAAAAUGACUUUUAGGAACUGGUAUAGUCCUUUGGGUUUCUAGAACCUCAUGUUCUAGAAAUACGAUACGGUUUUGGAAAUUGAUUAGAGUUUUCUAACUAGUAGUACUAAGCUGUUGGGGAUAAAUGGCCAUGUUGAGUUUUUUGGCAAUUGUAACUAAAGAACAAAUGAAUUCUACGUAAAUUACAGUGGUUAUGUUCCAUUCUCCUUUUAGGUUAGGGAUUAUUUAUCCUCGCCUCCAAAAAGGUGCAGACCUUUUUAAAUUACAGUCUUAAUAAACUAACCUUACUUAUUCCAUUUUACGUGUUUAUUCCUCUAUAUUCUUACAUUUCAUAGGGGGAAAAAUGAGGAACAAGCGAAUAUUAAGGUUUUUUAUUGAAUAGGAAGCUGAGACAAAGCUAAGUUAUGUCCAAAGGGAUCUUUCUCAUUUUGUUUGAUACCUAACCUAAAUUAUCAAAGUUAUUUGCAUCAGUUCCCACCCUGUUGGCUCUUGAGAGAAGAAGAAAAUUAAUUCAGUCUCAUUUUACACUAGUGAAAGAUCAUUCCUCAUGAAAAAUGCCAAUAUAAAUUUUUAAAAGUCUAUUCUUUUCUAAAUGCACUUUCUAAUUUUUUGCUUUUAAAAUAGCUUCUUGGAACCAAUUUUGUUGUAUUUAUACUUAAUUUUUGUUCUCAUCUAAAUGUGCAUUUUCUGAUUGUAUAGAAAAAGCUUUGUUAUUUAAUAAUAAAUUAAAUAUCUAAA